AUGAACGGCUCCAUGACCUCGUGGCUGCGCACCCUCCCCGUCUUCACCUUGGCCUUUGUUGUUCGCGGCAGUGAUUGUGGCUCCUCCCUGGAUUGUGUGAAGGGCACGUUGGCAGCCGUCAUGCAGGCGGCAGAAGCGAAGGCUAAGGCAGAGGGAGAGCUCGAGGAUCGCUACAACUGCCUUCAGGGACUGCAGGACUUCGUGUCCUGGCAGCAGGACCGGAAGGACUAUUGCUGCACCAAGCACGGCUUGGGCUGCCCAGGAGAAGCUCCCGACACAAAAACCAUCUACGUAAGCAGUGGCGAGACGGUGGACGAGGACGUGUCGGAUGAGUUUGCGGUGAAGUUUGCUGAGCACGCCGCGAACUCUGCAGGCUGGAGCUAUAGUGCCUCCACCAAGUCGGGCGGGCCUUUGCCACCUUGGCUCAGCUUUGACCCGAAUACGCUCAAGCUCAGCGGCACGGCUCCAGAUGAGAUGGAAACGGAUGUUGCUGUGAAGGCGGUGAGUAUGUCUGCUCCUCCCGUCACCUCGAACUACAACAUCCGGAGCAAGGCGAUGCCGCCCACGGAGCUGGAGGUUCUUGCAAUCGCGGGACACCCGAUGAACUACCCCUUGCCUUCAUCUUCCCUUGACUCCACGACUCCCAAGCAGUAUGAGAUGAAAAUUGCGCCCGGCAGCAGCGUGCCUGAGUGGCUCCUGUUUGAUCAGACGUCCGGCACCUUGUCUGGCGUCCCUCCGCAGAAGGACGAGUACACGCUGCACAUCUCAGAGGGCAGUGGAAGCGAGGAGAAGACUCAGAUUGUCAAGCUCCGGGUAGAAGAAUCCGGCAACACUGGCAAGACAGAUGUACAUGGAGUGACAGCUACUGAUGUUGAACUUCCCCCGGCGGUGGGGGAGGUCGCGGCACCAUUGCAAUACACCUUGCCUGCUGGAGCUGCAGAUCCUUCCAGCACGGCCUCCACGGCGGAUGGUGAGGUUCUGCCGGCCUGGCUUCACUUUGACGCUGCUUCCGGAAAGCUCUCCGGAACUCCAACACAACCGGCGGAGAUUCCCGUGCAAAUCAAGUCCGCGACUGAAGUGGAUCACAUCAAAGUCAAGGUCCACGCAUCGCCUUCGGCCGAGAAGGACAACAAUCCUGUCCACGAGGUGGUUGCAAUCACAGGACACGCCAUGAAUCACCAGUUGCCUUCAUCUUCCGUGGACUCCACGACUCCCAAAAUGUAUCACAUGAAAGCGGCGCCCGGCAGCAGCGUGCCUGACUGGCUCCUGUUCGAUCAGACGUCCGCUACAUUGUCUGGCGUGCCUUCGGAAAAGGGCGAAUACACGCUGCACAUCUCGGAGGGCAGUGGAAGCGAGGAGAAGACUCAGGUUGUCAAGCUCCGGGUAGAGGAAUCCGGCAAGACAGAUGUAAAUGGAGUGGCUGCUACUGAUGUUGAGCUUCCCCCAGCGGUGGGAGAGGUCGCGGCACCAUUGCAGUACGCCUUGCCUGCCGGAGUUGCAGAUCCUUCCAGCACGGCCUCCACGGCGGAUGGUGAGCCGCUGCCCUCCUGGCUCAGCUUUGAUGCUGCCUCAGGCAAGUUGUCGGGGACGCCAGCACAAGCCGAGGAGAUUCCCGUGCAAGUCAAGUCAGGCACGGAAGUGGAUCACUUCAAAGUCAAGAUCCACAGCAAGAACCAGCAGUCGGUGCCUCCCCUGGAUCCCAAGGAGAGCACAAGGACUUGCCCACUGAGCGACAUGAUGUGCUCGCCCUUGGACAUGAACAUGACACCCUCCAAGGCCAUCCAGGAGUUCGCGGAUGCCCACGCCUGCCAGCUCGCCUGUCGAGAAGAGCCGUCCUGCGGCUGCUUCUCUUACUUCCCGAGCCUCAAGCUCUGCCACUUUGCGUCUCGGCAGCCCAGCUUGGUACCCUUUUUCCCUUUUCUUUUUUUGUUUGGUUCAAGGUCCCCUUAUGAAGUAGCCCACCCGAAAAAGGGUGCCCUUAUCGUAAUCUAA